AUGUUGGGAACCAUUACAGCGGACGAGAUUCGCACCGACGAGGUGCAGGGUGCGACCUCCGAAACGUCCAUCACCAUCGGAUCAGCUCUGUUCCCUUCAACGGAUUCAGUGGCCAGGUCCACGGCUUCGUUCGGGGGAUCGGCAUCUUUUGUUAAAAAAUCCGCUCACCAGGCCGUUGUUUCGGCCUCCGCCACCGUAGACCCGUCGACCACGAUCGUGGGUGUCAGGUUCAAUGGAUCGGUGCAACUUGAAUUCGUCGAAACGCCGAGCACGCCGACCGAAGUUUUCGUGGUGGACGAAGGCGGGUUCUGUAGCUCAACCAACCUCAUAACGGCGACACUCCCGACGUCGGCGGUGCCUCUGGUGUUGGCAUCUCCCUACGCAUACCUGAGCGUACCGACAAUACCGGGUUCUGUCGCACUUUAA